ACCAUUGGACGCUUGCUGGCCACACGAUUCGCCUACCUACCUACGGUAGCGACACGGAGGCUAUAUAUCAGAGAAUGUCACGGCCAGCACAAGAGUCCGUGGACUUGGGUUACUUUGCCCCUCCUGAGCCGGAGCCUGAAGCUCAAGAGGAGAUCGCUGUUCCAGCUCAACCGGAAGUGCCCACACCAACACAAGAGGUAGCAGUCCCCGAUGUCAAGCCCCCACCUCCUCCACCGAUAGCUUCACUAUCAGAUCGCCGGCAAGGCGAGCAAUACGCACCAACGCUGCAGGAAAUCGAGUCAGAUGCCAUUACACAGUUGGCACAUACACAUUGGAGUGAAAGAGGAGCUUUGGAGUUUGACCCGACGCUCGUAGAGACCAUAUGGAAAGAGCAGCUGGAAGGAAGUGGAUUCUCACUUCGCAAAGUGAUGUUGUUGGAAUUUAGUCAGUACCUUGAAAAGUAUCUGUGGCCUUCGUUCGUACCAAAGGGAUCCAAGGGGAAGCCGCGAUCGUCAUUAGCCCAUGUAUUAUCAAUUGUUGUUAUGGUGAACGAGAAGUUUCGGGAACGCGUAAGCGGCGUCUGGGAUAUAUUCUCAGAAGAUGCAUCCAAAUUCUCCGGACUAGUAUCGCGUGUGUUGAGACUCCUAGUGGAGCCUCUACAGCUGGCGGGUGGGGAAGGCGUGGAACUAGGACUGCAGACCCGGCGUUUUCUGCUGAUAUUCCUGAUUCAUCUCUUCCAAUCUCUGGAGAAUGCCCAAGUGCGAAGCGAGUGUAUGCGUCUGGUCAGUAUUUCUUCAUGGAGCUGUAUAGUUGAGAAGCGUCGCGAGGAGGAGUUGCGACAAUACCCGGAACGUCUUGCAUUAUGGGAGCGAUCAGAGGCUAAAUACAGUUCUACAACAAAAGCGUCGGCCAAAGAGAAAAUGGAGUUUGAUCGCACGUUUAUGUCGAAACUCAUCAAAAACUUCCUUGUCGUACUAUCCUCCAUACCGGAAUCUGGUCCACCACCCGCUCAUGGUGUUGCCUACUGUGAGAGAUUCAUUGAAUUCCUGAUCGAUCUUGAGGCACAGCUCCCUACACGUCGCCACUUUAAUCUCCUCCUGCACGAUCAUCUCGUGGUCCCGAUUUGCGAUCGAAGUAAGCUAGCUCAACGCGGUAGAAAGUUCCUGCGCACGAACCGUGAUCUGUCCAUUGUGCUGCCGUCGGAUUGGGGAUCGCGAGGGUCAGAGAGCGGGGCACUCUUCGUGCAAUUGCUUGACCGAGUGAAGUACUACGCUCGAUUUGAGAUUAAUGACUUCACCGGUGCUGCCCUAACCGCUGCGGACAUAACGCAUGAUUAUUACGACAAGAUUCGUCGAUUGCAGAAGGUGGCCUUUGUUCACUUCCGUGAGACGCUAGAGGACUUUGCUUUGGCUAACGUCGGGAGUGUGGAAAGCCGAGAGAGCCUGCGCAGUUAUUUCGGGAAAGUUGAUGAAGAGACACUCCGCUCUUUCUGCUCGGAAAUUGGGAUUCGAACACGCAGAGUGGAACUUGAAUCUGACGAUGCACCAUUCUAUGACAAGGCAUUUCUCAUCGAGAUUCUCAUUGCCAUGUACGCGAAGAGGCCCAGUCAGAUUGAGUUGAUAAAUUCUCUGCCUUUGUAUCCUGACGAGGAAUUUUUGUUUGAUGAAACGACGGUUCCUGCGACCCAGCAAUUCCCAAACACGCAUUGUCUAGCAAUUCCCAAACUUAACCUACAAUUUUUGACCAUCCACGACUAUUUACUUCGUAACUUUACCCUGUUCCGCUUGGAAAGUACCUACGAAAUCAGACAAGAUAUUGAAGAUGUUGUUCAACGUAUUGCACCUCAACAUAACAUAGAUCGGCGAACUGGAGAAGAUCAGACAGUCUUUACCGGAUGGGCGCGAAUGGGUGCUCCGAUCGACAUGUUCCAAGUAGUCGAAGUCGGCCCCCCAAAGCUUGGUGACACCAAACCCAGCGCGGUGAAGGCGGAUGUCACCGUAAAUAUUUUCAAAUACACUGACUCGAUUCGAAAAGAGUGGGAAUCCUUACGGCCGCGUGAUGUAUUGUUCCUUCUGACGGUCCAGAUGGAGCCGGAUGGUCCUGGAUGGAUGGAAACCGAUGCAAAGAAAAGCGGAGUCAUCGAAAGCGAAGGUAGCGCUUUCCGCCGCAAGUUUGGUCUAAAGUACGUUCGGGGUUGUGAGGUCGCAGAUUUGAUUGGAGAUGAUGGUCUACCUAUUGAGGAUUUUGAAAGCGCGAAACUACCUCCACCCGGCACCAAUGAGAAACCUCUUGUUACCGGGUAUAAGCGAACAUUCCGUGUCCUGUUGGACACCAAUCAAUAUCAACAGGAUAUGGACCGGAUACAGCGCAAGGAAGGAGAAGAUGUCUAUCCAACCUUUAAUGUUCUCAUGCGACGGAAGCCGCAGGAAAACAACUUCAAAGCGGUACUUGACACCAUUCGGGAUCUCAUGCAAAGCGAUCUGGUUGUUCCGGCAUGGUUACAUAACGUGUUUUUGGGUUAUGGCGAUCGCAACAGUGCGCACUUUACCAAGGUGCCGGAGCCCAUUCGGACUCUGGACUUUAGAGAUACGUUCCUCGACUGGGACCAUUUAAUCCAGAGCUUCCCAGAUAAGCGCAUCAUUCCCGCGGGGAAGAGGACGGAUGGAUCGGACGCGAGUCUUGCACCGCCUUAUGUCAUUACUUUCCCUAAAUCAAUGUUCUCGGCUUCGGUUUCGGAAAAAGAGGAGGCAAACGCCAAGUCGUCAAUCUCUUCCGGCGUGAAGCGUAAAUUAGGUGGUAACAUGGCAGACGGUGACAACGGUGCGGAAGUGGAUCAGGAUGCAGACACGCUACUUGUGCAGACGUAUAAGCCGUUAAAUAUGGGACCGUAUCCAGAGGAUGUUCCAAAGAAGAAUACCGUGCGGUUUACACCCACUCAAGUGGAAGCAAUCCAUGCGGGAAGUUCGCCGGGGCUCACCAUGAUCGUGGGUCCUCCUGGGACUGGUAAAACGGAUGUGGCCGUUCAGAUCAUUGCGAACUUAUACCACAACUUCCCGGAGCAGCAUACCCUUAUAAUAACACAUAGCAACACCGCGCUAAACCAACUCUUUGAAAAGAUUGCCGCGCUGGAUAUUGAUCCACGACACAUUCUUCGUUUGGGUCAUGGACAAGAAGAGCUGGAACUAGCAGACGCGGGGAGCUGGGGCAAAUACGGACGUGUGACAGCCUUUCUGGAAAAGCGCGUCCAGUUGUUGGGCGAUGUGGACCGACUUGCACAAAGCUUGGAGAUCCCUGGUGCACAUGGAUACACAUGCGAAACAGCUGGGUACUUUUACCUGUACCACAUACUGAGCCGAUGGGAGCCAUACAUCCACAAAGUGAAGGCGAUAGCCGCACGGGGUCAAGGAACGCGCCAGGAUGUAGCUGUGGACUUUCCCUUCGAGGUCUAUUUCGCGGAUGCACCCCAGCCCCUGUUCCCGGAGGAGGCGUCUUUUGACGAGGCUCUGGAAAUUGCUGAAGGAUGCUGGCGUCAUAUCCGCCACGUAUUCGAUGAACUGGAGGAAAUCCGAGCAUUUGAAUUGCUACGUUCAGGAUACGACAGAUCCAACUACCUCCUUGUGAAAGAAGCGAAAAUUAUAGCCAUGACAUGCACCCACGCUGCAUUAAAACGCCGUGAGUUUGUCCAGCUAGGUUUCAAGUACGAUAAUGUCGUCAUGGAAGAGGCAGCACAGAUACUCGAAGUGGAGACGUUCAUUCCAUUGUUACUGCAAAAUUCGGACCCAGAUACCGGUGCAAGCCGAUUGAAGCGUGUCGUCAUGAUUGGGGACCAUAACCAGCUCCCCCCUGUGGUGAAGAAUACGGCAUUCCAACGAUAUGGCAACAUGGAACAAAGCUUGUUCACUCGGUUUGUACGUCUUGGAGUGCCUACCAUUCAACUGGACGCACAAGGACGAUCACGAAGUUCUAUUGCUCAGCUAUUCAAAUGGAAAUACCCACGAUUGGACGAUCUCCCAGCGGUGGUGGAGCGGCCCGAGUUCCAAUUGGCUAAUCCGGGUUUCGCCUUUGACUAUCAAGUCGUCAAUGUACCCAGCUUUUUAGGCAAGGGUGAGACUGAGCCCAGACCGCACUUUUUGCAAAACCUGGGCGAGGCAGAGUAUGUGGUUGCGGUGUACCAGUAUAUGAGAUUACUUGGAUACCCAGCGGAGCGCAUCACCAUCCUAACGACCUACAAUGGCCAAAAAGAGCUAAUACGGGAUGUUCUCGAGAAGAGAUGUUCAUGGAAUCCUCUUUAUGGCAACCCCCACAAAGUAUCCACCGUAGACAAAUACCAAGGCCAACAAAACGAUUAUAUCCUUCUUUCCCUGGUCCGCACGAAAACGGUCGGACAUUUACGGGACGUUCGUCGGUUAAUUGUCGCCAUGUCGCGUGCCCGACUUGGGUUAUACGUUUUCUGCCGUGUCCCCCUCUUUCGAGAAUGUUAUGAACUCCAACCCGUUUUUCAAAAGCUUUUGGAAAGGCCUUUUGAAAGUCUUUGGAUACGACGUGGGGAGCUGUAUGCGCACGCUGGAUUCCCGCGUGCUGUUGAAGCAUAUGGUGUGGUUCAAAAAGCGGAGGGAAAAUGGGGAGUGGAGAAUAGGAAUAAAAAGGACAAGAUUAUUGCUAUUACGGGAGUGCAGCAUAUGGGGGAAUUUGUGGAGGAUAUGAUGAAGGAGCAGAUUGAGCGGUUGAAGAAGCAGAGAAAGGCAGAGUUGCGGCGGACGUUGUUGGAGAUGGGUAAAGCGGGGGAGGUGGAUAGUGAGGGGGAGGGGAAGGGGGGGGAGGUGAAGGAUGGGGAUGCGAUGGAGGGCGUCGAGGGUGGGCAAUAG